UAGAACUGCAGCUGCGUAUGUUUCCUGUUUACUUGGUGCCUACAUUACGGCGGGGACAACUCCUGCUGAACUGAAAGAAUAUCCUAUUAUACCCUCUCGCCAAUUCUUAUUUGGAUAUUAUCUGAACAAAAGUGCACAUUUUACAGUAUACCUUGAGGUGUAUGAUCGUACAAUUUUUUUUUUUCAUUGAUUUGAAGCAUUCCGCUCAAUAAUAAAUAAACAUGGAUAGAUAUGACCGAUUAUGUUUGGAAGCAAGCCAAUUUAUAGAAGAUCUUAAUUUAUAUGAAGCCUCCAAAGAUGGGCUUUUUCGUGUAGACAAGGGGGUUACCAAUAACCCUGAAUUUGAAGAGGCAAGACGAGUAUUUGCUGCUAAGAUGGCUAAGAUUCAACUUCAAAGUCAGCACAAAGAUCAGGAAGGGCUAUCUCAAGAUUGUGAUGCUCUUGAAAGUAAUAGAAUGCAGGAAUCCAGUUUUUCGUUGUGCAGUAAAGCCGAUGAAAUACUACCGGAUGAAAAUUAUGUUACGCCUUCAGUAAUUUUAACAACAAAAAUAGACAGUGAAGCACAUUCACUUCCUCGAAUAUUUCUAAAAGAAAAGAAAAUCUUGGACAGAAAUGGAUCUACACUUCAUUCGGUUUACGAUGGAAGCUUUGAAGAUUUGGUUACUUCAGGGCAACAGUAUUCAGAAACGGAACAUAAUAGCACAAAGAGUAAUUUUGCUUUCCCACAUUAUGCUCAUAAGAAUGCUUUACAACCAGGCAUAGAAACUAUUACGUCAAAGAAUGUUGAUUAUGAUAACAUUACUGGAAAGGGACAGUGUAUUAUACUUAAUUACCCUCCAACACUGAAAAACUAUUUCCUUAUAAACCCUAAACAGUAUGAUGAACAUGGUAAUCUUAAAUCGCCAGAUGUUAUAGAAAACAAAUGCAGUGAUCCACUACUUUCUACUCAAUGCUCAACUUCAUUUUUUUAUGCAAAUCGAAUGCCAUCCUGUAGAAGAAAUGAUGAGCCUAGUUCAAACUUAAAUAAUCAGGCACUUUCCUUCAUAUCUUCAAAAGAUGGAGCUUUGGAAAGCGGUUCUAAUACUUAUAAUCUCACUGAAAGCUUCAGUAAAAGAAAUCCCAGCGAGUGUAAAAAUGGAUGUGACUUCAGUGUAGGCAAUAACCUUCCAUUAAACCAUAUAAUCCUAAAUUCUGUUUCGAAUACAAGGUUAAACUCUCACAAUCAAGUACCUGAUAAGUCUUGUUCUGAUAAGCAACAUCUGUCACAUAACCAAAUAUCUUGCUCCUUGGACUGUUCUCAUUGCAUUCCUCAAGCACUGGUUACUGGGACCCAUGCACAUUCCUGUUCAACUGAAAGUACGAACACAUCUCUACAACCUGGAAAUACAAAAGUGUCACAAUGCAACCCACCAUCAGCUAAAUUAAAGCUGCCCCAGGCAGUCACCCAAAGUUUAAAACAAGGGUCAUCAGCUGAAAUCAAACUUGAAGCUUUAACAAGACAUUUAGAGCAGGAGAUGGAUGCCAAAGCUGAUUUCUUUGGAAACUGUGUAAAAUGCAAUAAAGACGUGCAUGGAGCAAAUCAGGCUUGCCAAGCUAUGGGAAAUCUCUACCAUGAUGCUUGUUUCACAUGCUGUGCAUGCAGCAGAAAACUCAGAGGAAAGGCAUUUUACUUUGUAAAUGGAAAGGUGUUCUGUGAAGAAGAUUUUCUGUAUUCGGGUUUCCAUCAAUCGGCAGACAGGUGCUUUGUGUGUGGACAUUUGAUCAUGGAUAUGAUCUUACAAGCUCUGGGUAAAUCAUACCAUCCUUGUUGUUUCCGAUGUGUGAUUUGCAAUGAAUGUCUUGAUGGUGUGCCUUUCACUGUUGAUUUGGAGAAUACAAUCUACUGUGUUAGAGAUUAUCAAAGGGUUCUAGCUCCAAAAUGUGCGGUUUGUGGCCUUCCAAUUUUACCUGAGGAGGGUAAAGAUGAAACUAUUCGAGUAGUGUCCAUGGAUAAAGAUUACCAUAUAGAAUGUUAUCAUUGUCAGGAUUGUGCACUAGAGCUCAGUGAUGAAGAUGGACAUCAUUGCUAUCCACUAGAAGACCAAUUACUUUGUCAUAAUUGCCACAUGAAACACCUUGAAAAAGACAGUUUGUUGUAAUUCAAACUCAAAAAUAGUUGUGUUUUGAUUCAUAUUACAUGUUUUAAUCUAUUCAAUACCCAUGUUCA